UGUACAGCUUUUGGAAUAGUUUUGUUGACAAAUGCUAUCUUCUUCUGUCAAAAUUCAAGAUAAAAUUUUGCAUAAACCAUAUAAAAAUACCAGUAUAACAAAUUAAAAUAUCGCAGGAUCAAAUAAAUAUAAUAAAUUCAAAAUGAGUUUAGUAGCUUAUGGCAGUAGUGACGAAAGUAAUGACGAAGAGGUUAUUUCAAAUCAGGAAUCUGAAAAAUCUGUUAAAAAACCUCCUGAUAAUGUGGAAAUCAAACAAAUUUCUAAGAAUUUAGAAGUUAAAGAAGCUUUACAGGUUGUAGAAGAACAAAUUCCUGAAAUUUUAACUGUGAAACCGAGGACUCACAUUAGUUUACCAACUCCCAAAAUUGACCAAGAACCAAAAAUUUUGGAUGAAAACAACAGUGUUUCUUCGUCAAAUACUGGUUCGGAAGAAAUAAAAAUAAAUUUUAACCUUCUGCCGCAGCCAAGACGAGUAGAUGUUAUUGAAGAUGAGGAUGAAAUUCCGGAAAACAACAAAGAAAUACUGUUUGACAACAAAAAUUUGACAAACGAACAGCCGUUUGAAAAAACAGUGAAGAAGGAAAAAGUACCUGUAAAAAUAUCUAUACCUCGUCUCUCUGAUUUUAAAGAUACUGAAGAGGAGAAGGAAAAAUCUCGGAACAAAAUCCAACCAUCACAAAAAGGAACUGGACUUUUCGCAGUUCUCCCUCCACCAAGAUCAGAAAGAGCGGUCAAAUCAAAACCGAUGGUACCUCGAGUUCUUACAAAAAAACCCACGAAUCCCAAAAUACCUCCCAAAUCUCCACAAAUAUCUACCGAUCUCAAAAAAACGCGAGGAUCGAGUAUAGACAACAAAACAGAUAAAAAAUCCACCAUUUCUUCAAAUUACGAUUCCAGUUCCGAAGACGAGGAAACCGACAAAUCACCGGCGAUGGAUUUCUUUUCUUUAACCUCCUCCGACGAAAUUCAAGCUUCCUCAAUUCCGAUUGCAGAUAUUGUCAAUGAAACCCUAAAAUAUUCACAAUUUUUACAGCCGAAAAAUAUUCAUCCAGUCGAAACGUUCGAAAACGAAAAUCCUCGAUCCGAAUUGGAACUUUCUGACAAAACUUUGGUGAGCAAUGUCAUGAAUUUACCAAAAGAGGAGAUAAUGAAGAAAAAUAAGGCUGAGGUUGGACCCAAAUUGCCAGUUCCCGAACAAGAUUAUAAUGUUGAUUCGACCGGCAAUGUGGUUUUUGACGAGAAAGCGAUUGAAUAUCUUUGCGGAAAGAGGGGAGUGAAACGGAAAAAUAAGGAAUUCGAGGGAGUCGAUAUUAUCGAGAUAAAUGGGGAGGAUAUUAAACCGGAUGAGAGAGAAUGGCUGGUGAAGGCUUUGACGGAAGAGCCAGUUACGAGGCCGGUUUCAUCGCAAGGAGCUGGUCCAAGUGGUCAGUCGAAAAAGAAACAUCAAAUCACCUAUUUGGCUCAUCAAGCCAAAGCCAUGGAGGUCGAGCUCAAAAAUAAAUGGGCUCAAAAUAAAAUGACUCGACAACAAACCCAAUCCAAGUACGGAUUCUAGAUUUUUAGGUGAUGAGAGUGUAAAAAAUUUGUGUUAAAUAUUUAAGUUUUCGUCUAUUUAAUUAAAGUAAAAGAUGAAUUGUUGAUGGGAGAAGAAUUUUUUAUGUGA